GUCUAUAUGAUCAAAUGCAUCAAUCAACGUAUGUUAACUGAGAUCGCUGAACAACAAUUGCAGAUGGAAACAGGUUCGUCAUCUGCUUACUACAACAGCACGGUCCAGCUUCACAAAAACGAGGCACCCAACUCAAAAUCACUACCUACAUACGUCAAACACAUGAAUAACGCAACAAGAAUGCAGGACCUGUCUUCUCGUACGUUUUCUGAAAUGAUCGACGAAACGCCAUUGGGACAGGAAGGAUACGCCAACGAAUCUAUCACCGAAAUGAUCACGGACGAACCUAGGUCGCUAUCGCCAGAUUCUUUCUCAUCGAGUUCCAGAGAAGACGAGGAAUUCGCUACCGCCAUUCUGCACGCCAUCGAAUGCGGAUCGUUUUCUCCAAGAAAUUAUCAGUUGGGUGAGUUGGUCAAUCCCCAUCUACAAAAAAGACAACGAAAAAUCGCUACAUCAAACGCACACGCUACAGCAAGAAAGAAGAGGCUGCCAACGGUAUCCUCUCACUCCAGAGAGUCCGUGGCCCUGUCCUGGAAUGACGCAUUUGCUCAGCCCAGUAACUAUGCCAGGUCGACCUUCCACGGACAAGAAGGUGCGCCUUCGGGCAGAAGGACCACAACUUCGAUGAGCAGUGCUCCCUCUUAUCACCUGGAAGGGUCCCUAUCGAGUCACAGAAGAGGAAAGCCCCUUGAUAACGUCACAUUGCCGAUGCCAAUACCGAAUUCUGAAAACCGCUAUAAUUUUCCCGUUGGUACUUCGAGUAUGUCUACGCCCGAGACGCUUCCUACUGCAUCUAGCUCUUCGUCGUCCAAGAAGCACCGACGAACUCCUCGCGCGAGACCGGAGAACCAUCAAUGCCCAAACUGCCAUACGCUGGAUUCUCCUUUAUGGCGCAAUUGCAUGAUAAGAGGCAAGUUGUUACAUUUAUGCAAUUCCUGUGGAUUACGCUACAAAAAACACAAAUAUUGUCCUUACUGUUACGUCGUUUAUUACGAUGCAGAAACAAACACGCACGACUGGUGUCAGUGUGUCAUAUGCCACAACUGGACCCACAGGCAGUGCAUCAUCAACGCCGGCGCCUCGAAGUCGAUAAACCUGGACUCCUACCGAUGUAUAAAUUGCUUCCAACAAUCGGACUUCGAGUGAGAAGAAACGCCGCACCCUCGGCCCAUACAUAAUGGGGGUGUGUAUAGAUGCAUACAGUGGGCCUAUAUGUCAAGCUCAAUCAAUUGACCUUCCCUCGUUCUUUGGCGAUGAGCGAACUGAUAGAAAGCGCCUUUCUUUUGGUUCGUCUGCGUUCAAGACAGAAUUCUGUUCGCGCGUGUUUUGCGUAAGCUUUGCUCUCAGACUAUAUAUAUGUGAUAUAUAUAUAUUGUGCCUUGUAUAUGUACAUCUUUCGACACAAAUCCUUGGUUUCUUCUGGUUUUGUGUCGGCCUAGCCAAGGAAAGAGCUUAAGUUUCGAUGUAACGCGCUCUGCUGGUUUGUAUUAUUUAUGUCUUGUAAUAUAGUCCCUUUAAUAGACUGGAGGAGUGGAAUUUUUUUUUUGGAGAUCAUUUGGCGAUGUGGUCGUUUAGCCCUUCGUCGAACAAUUGUUCAAGUGCCCCGUCUUGGACGUAUAUGGUCGAGUUGAUAGCGCUGGAUUGUCUUCUUGCCAAUAUUUGUGAUCUGAUUUUGUUGAGCGUUUCUGGAGCUACGAACGACUCCGGUUGGGUUUGGUCGUUUAGGUCUAUGUCAUGUAGAGUGAUGGCGUAGUUGUCUGGGUAGUUGUCGCUUCUGGUUUCUUUUGAAGGGGGGUUGGUG